AAUCAAAAUAAAUUAUAGGUUUAUUCAAACAGACUGCCAUUUCAUUUUUUAAAGUAAGAAAAAAGAAUGGUCGGAAGCUAAAAUAUAAAAAAGUUAACUCAAAAACAUCCUUAUCUUAAAUUUUUUUAAAAAUGAUAAAGAAAAUCACGGUUGGAGAGUAAUUAAUAAAAAAGGCGUAGAAAGGAUGAAUAAAAUUCCAAAAAGGAAGAGAAAGAAUCGGUGUAAAAUAGUAGAUAAGUUUGACUAAAGGAACUCAAAAUUGGGAUCUUCCUCCUACAUAUCUCUUCAUUCUCUUCCAUAUAUUUCCCUCUUCUCUCUCCCUCUACACAUUUUACUUUGCUUUCAUUGACUAGUCGUUAAACCCUCCCCCCUUCACACUCAUCACUUACUGUUACACUUUCCCCUCCUUCAAGACUUGUUCUUCCUUUAAUUUCUCCUUUGAUUUGUUAUAUUUUUAUUUUUUUUUUGGGGUUCAUCACUCUCCAUGUUCAAAAAAUGGAAGGAAAAAUUUCACAAAAAAUCAAGAAGUGUAUAGUCUACAAGACUGUCACUAGCACUACUGCUGAACAUGAUCAUAACAUGUUGAGUAGUACCAAUAAUAUGCCUAGAGUUGUAAGGAUAAGUUAUACUGAUUGUGAUGCUACUGAUUCUUCUAGUGACGAAGAGGAAGAGAAUCGGGUGAAAAAAUACGUUACGGAGAUUAGAUUUGAGAAGAGAGUGUUGAAGAAAUCGUCUAGUUCGAGUAACAAGAAGAAGAAAAUGAUGGAUGUGAAGAAAGAUGAGAAUGUUAAGAAGUUUCGUGGUGUUAGGCAAAGACCAUGGGGGAAAUGGGCUGCAGAGAUUCGAGAUCCAAUGAAAAAGACGAGGAUUUGGUUAGGUACUUUUGAGACUGCUGAAGAAGCUGCUAUGGUUUAUGAUCAGGCCGCUAUUAAAAUACGCGGACCUGAUGCUUUAACUAAUUUUAUUAAGCCGCCCCUGAAGAAGGACAGUAUGGUCUCUUCAGUAUCUGGCUAUGAUUCUACAGGGGAAUCUGAAAACCUCUGUUCUCCCACUUCUGUUUUGAGACACAACAUUAGUAACAACAAUGUUGGUGUUGCUGAUGCUAAAAGUGUCAAGGAACAAAUGGAUGAAAGAAAAAGAUUGGAAAUUGUUAUGCAAAAUGAGAUUAUGUUAGAUGAUAAUUUGCCAUUAAUGGAUCAAUGUUUCCUUAAGGAUUUCUUCGAUUUUCGGUCUCCUUCUCCGUUAAUGGAUGAUGUAUUAUUGCCAGUUUUUUGCGAUAAAAUGAACUUAUUACCAGAAUUGAGUUAUGACAGAAAGUUGGAUGAAGAUUUGGAGUCAUGUAAGUGGGUGAAUGAUUUCUUUGAAAAUUAUUGUUGAUGCUAUGGAGAAACAAUGGAAGUGAGAGAGUAUAUAUUAGUAUUUUUUUGUCGAGUUUUUUUAAGCUUUCUUUAGAUUUCUCUCCAAGAACAUGUAAAGAAAGUUUCUAGUGGAAAAUUUUGGUGCAUAACUAUGAUUUAGUUCAAGUUGUCUAUGGUUUUU